AUGGCCCUGCUGGCGCGGCUGCUCAGAGCCCGGCCCAGCGCGCCGGCCCAGCGCGCAGGGCUCCCGGGCGGCGGGGCCCCGCGGCUGCCGGCGGGGGCGCGGGCCGAGGACAAAGGAGCGGGGCGGCCGGGGGCGCCGCCGAACGGGGGCCGCGCAGAGGGGCCCCGGAGCCUCGCCGCCAUGCCGGGGCCCCGGACUCUCAACAACCUGGUGGAGUUCUUCUGCAAGGACGGCUUCAGCCGCAUCCACGAGAUCCAGCAGAAGCACACACGGGAAUAUGGAAAAAUCUUCAAGUCUCACUUUGGUCCUCAGUUUGUAGUAUCUAUUGCAGACCGAGACAUGGUGGCUCAGGUGCUCCGGGCGGAGGGCGCUGCGCCCCAGAGAGCCAACAUGGGGUCCUGGCAGGAGUACCGAGACUUACGAGGGAGAUCCACCGGGCUCAUCUCGGCGGAGGGUGAACACUGGCUCAAGAUGAGAAGUGUAUUGAGACAAAGAAUUCUGAAGCCGAAAGAUGUGGCCAUUUUUUCAGGAGACAUCAACCAAGUAAUUGCUGAUUUAAUUAAAAGAAUCUACAUCCUCAAGAGCCAGGCAGAAGAUGGAGAAACUGUGACCAAUGUCAAUGACCUUUUCUUCAAAUAUUCAAUGGAAGGAGUGGCCACCAUCCUUUACGAGAGCCGCUUGGGCUGCCUGGAGAGCAGCGUCCCGCAGCCGACGCUGGACUACAUUGAGGCCCUGGGGCUCAUGUUCAGCAUGUUCAAGACAUCCAUGUACGCGGGCGCCAUCCCCAGGUGGCUCCGCCCGCUCGUCCCGAGACCCUGGCGGGAAUUCUGCAGGUCCUGGGAUGGACUCUUCAAAUUCAGCCAAAUUCACGUUGACAACAAGCUGAGGGACAUCCAGUGCCGAAUGGACCGAGGGGAGAGGGUGAGAGGGGGCCUGCUCACGGGCCUCGUCCUCGGCCAGGAGCUCUCGCGGGAGGAGAUCUACGCCAACAUGACGGAGAUGCUGCUGGCCGGCGUGGACACGACGGCCUUCACGUUGUCCUGGGCGGUGUACCUCCUUGCCAGGCACCCGCAAGUGCAGCAGACCGUGUACCGGCAGAUACUUAAAAAUUUGGGGGAAAGGCACGUCCCAACGGCCACAGAUGUCCCCAAAGUCCCGUUGGUCAGAGCUCUGCUUAAGGAAACCUUGAGGCUGUUUCCAGUGCUGCCCGGGAAUGGCCGGGUCACCCAGGAAGACCUGGUUGUCGGCGGGUAUCUGAUCCCCAAAGGCACCCAGCUGGCCCUUUGCCACUACGCCACCUCCUACGAGGACGAGAACUUCCCUCGGGCCAAGGAGUUCCGGCCCGAGCGCUGGCUGCGGAAGGGAGACCUGGACAGAGUUGACAACUUCGGGUCCAUCCCCUUCGGGCACGGGGUUCGGAGCUGCAUCGGGCGCAGGAUUGCGGAGCUGGAGAUCCACCUCGCCCUGAUCCAGUUGCUUCAACAUUUUGAGAUCAAAACAUCUUCUUGGACUAAAGCUGUUCCUGCAAGAACCCAUGGGCUUCUGACGCCAGGGGAGCCCAUCCACGUGUGCUUCGUUAACAGAAAGUGAGCCUGGAGUUUUAAACCCAGCCGGUGGACUGACACGCCCUGGGUGCUCGUGUGUCACUGAGCGCGACGGCGGAGGAAGGUGAUUGUGCUUAGAGGCUGUCUCGGUUCUGAACUGGCCUCCCGAGUUCUGGGAGACUUGCAAAUCUUCACACAAAGUAGUGUGAAAAGAUGGUUGUUUUACUUCUGCAUACCAGAGUUGCCUUUCCUUUGGGGCAAGAGCUGUUAAGAACCAGUGGCGCUGAAUUCUCGUGCCUCAUAUGUUGUCUUCCCCUUGCCCCAUGCUCCACGUUCCGUGGCCAGUGGUCUGUGCGCCUGUGCGAGGCAGCGUGGCUUUCCUGGUAAAUUCAGUGGCGACUCCGUGUUCUCUAACGCUGCCCCGGGACGCCAGGCUCGGAGGCGGUUUCAACUUCCUGGUCCUCACUGCAGACGGGACAUCAAGGAAGCCUCUGUAAUGCUGUAACCACGGAAGCGUCACCGCCGACGGCACUGUCCUGAGCCCCAGGUGGAGCUCCUGCAGCCGGGCUCACGGUUCAAGGGGCAGAUUCUUGUUUUUCUCUCCAGACUUGUACUUUCUUUUCUAGUCAUAACUUCUAAAGAAGUUUAAUAUUAGUUUUUGCCUUUCAGGCCACUUGCUGGUCACUAAUAAGAAAAAACACGAUUUUAUGACGUUCCCUCAGCACCAUCAGGCUUGAAACCUAUUGUUCCAAAUCCCAUAAUUCUUUUUACACAAUCCUUACCCAAAAACCACUUUCCUACUAAUAUAUACCAUAAAUCUGUUUUCUCCUCUGUAGUCAUUCUGCAAAGUAAACCUUAAAUAAAAUGAAAUAAUAUCCAUUUCACAUACCGUUUGUGUUAAAGUAUAUGACAAUGUUGAAAUCUGUAUGUAAUGACAGACUGACUCUAGUGUGAGUGCUGUGAAAAUAUGUGCAGUUAAAUAUGAAGUUCUGUCAUUAACAGACAAAAUGUUGGAUCGCUUUGAGGUGGCAGUCUGUACAUUAACUUUUCUAACUCGGUACCAUUUUCUUCUGUCUGAGACUGAAAUGAAAAUACAUUGAUACUAAUUAAGCAACUUGAAAUGACCUCUUCUUCUACAGCAUGACCCUCUAGUGAGGUACAGCCUGCCCAGUGGGGUGCGGGGCAGAGCGCUGAAGUGCAGGUCAGGGGGCCCCCUGCACCCACCAUUCAGACACAAGGAGCUGCCUGGCGGGGUCGACGGGAAGUACAUGGCGCCACCUGCAGUAUUCUUACCAAAGGACUUGAAGCUGAAUUGGAAGGCUCUAGCUCCACUGCCAGUUUAUAGGAAACGCAGGUGUACAGGGACGUGUUAGAACUCCGUGUGGAUGCAAUCAGCAAAAUCCAGAAUACAGUGAAGUCUGCAGGACACGGUUCUUUUUCAAGAAAUAAGUGA